CUCCACCCUGAGAGCUCCCACUUCGCCUCCACGUCUCGCUCUGACACUUUCUCCAGAGCCAUGGCCAAUGACCAGCAGCGUCUUCUGUACCUGUUUGAACUUCCUCAGGAAGAUAUUCAAGCCCCCAGGGGAGGUGGCUCUGUCCUCUUCAAGCUCGAGAGCGAUGAGGCGCCUCCUUCCGUGGCCACGAGGGUAGGAGUCUCCCCCUCUGUCAACCUGCCUGUGCCAGAGCGGAAGGACGUUACACUGCAGGAUCUCGGCACUGCCACCUCGGUCCCCAAAGGAUCUGCCUUCUCUUUCUUCAUCGCGUCUCAUCGCAAAGCCGCCAGGGAUUUGUGUGACUUCUUCAUGAAGACGAGCGGGGCCGAGGACCUAAUGCAGGUUGCCGCGCGCGUGCACGGCAAAGUGAACGAGACCCUGUUUGUAUACGCAAUUUCUUUCGUCAUCCUGAGAAAGAAGGAACUCAGAUCUGUUCGCCUGCCGACCAUGGUGGAGGUCUUCCCCUCCCGCUUCGUCCCCCAGGAGGCGCUGUCGAAGGCACAGCUGCAGAUAAACAGAAUGGAUCCUAAUCAGACUGAACCCGUGAUCAUAGAACACGGACCGGAGUUCUCUGGCACUCAUCUCAAGCCAGAACACAGAAUCUCUUACUGGCGAGAGGACUAUGGCAUUAACGUUCAUCACUGGCACUGGCACUUGAUCUACCCGCCUGCCAUGGGUUUUGACCGUGACAGGAAAGGGGAAUUGUUUUACUACAUGCAUCAGCAAGUGAUCGCCAGAUACGACAUCGAGCGUCUCUGUCUGGGUCUCCCGAGGGUGGAGAAGCUAGACAACUGGCGCAUUCCCAUCGAGGACGGCUACUUCCCCAAAAUGACUGUCAGCAUCUCCGGCAGGAAUUGGGGGUCGCGACAGGACAACACGCUGCCAAAGGACCUGCGGCGCAGAGAACUCGGAGAAUUUGUCGACAUCACUGACAUGGAAAUAUGGCGAUCUCGACUCCUGGAUGCCAUACAUCAAGGCUUCAUGAUUGAUCGCAACGGUGACAAAGUUCCUCUUCGCGAUGACGUCACUUCUGGCAAGAGAGGGAUCGACAUCUUGUCCGAAGCUCUUGAGGCCGACGCCGAACUCAGCGUCAACUUCCCUUAUUACGGCGACCUGCACAACAGAGGCCACGACAUCCUGGCCUUCUCGCACGACCCCGACAACGCUCACAAGGAGGAGAUGGGCGUCGUCGGGGACCUGGGGACGUCCCUGAGAGACCCUGUGUUCUUUCGCCUGCACAAGCUCGUGGAUGACUUGUUCCAGGAGUACAAGGUUACCCAGCCACCGUACACCGAAGAGGAGCUGUUCCUGCCAGGCGUGAGGAUCGAGCGGGCUGGCGUGGUGCGGGGUAACGAAGCUGACGUCCUCCUCACCGGCUGGAACACGAGGGAGUUCGAAGCCAGCCGCGGCCUCGACUUCAGCGGCAAACCCGUGAUUCUGCGCCUCACGCAUCUCGACAACAAGCCUUUCGAUUACCAUAUACAGAUAAACAACGAUCUCCGAGAGCCGAAGGAAGUUACUGUGAGGAUAUAUUUGGCUCCGAAGUUCGGUGAUCGAGAAAAAGAGAUGGACUUUAUGGAACAACGGAUCCUCUGGGCUGAAAUGGACAAGUUCACUGUUCUCCUAAAACCCGGCAAGAACCACGUCACCAGGUCGUCCAAGGAGUCGUCGAUCACCAAUCUCGAGGAGCUGACCUUCAAGGACCUGGAGAACUCUGGGCCCGGAAACACGAGUGAACAGGAUGCAUUUAACUUCUGCGGGUGUGGAUGGCCCCAGCACAUGCUUCUGCCCCGCGGCCGCCCAGAGGGGAUGGUCUUCCAGCUCUUCUUCAUGCUCACCGACUACGCCCAGGACAAAGUGUCGAACCCGGGGGGUGUGAGACGGUGUGCCAACGGUGUGUCCUUCUGCGGGAUGCAGGACGCCAAGUACCCCGACGCUCGACCGAUGGGCUUCCCGUUCGACCGCCGCCCCGCCCCCUUGCUUCAAGGGCUCCCCGUCAACACGACUGCCGACUACGCCCGCCUUGGCAACGCUUUUAUGCAUGACAUCACGAUUAAGUUUCUGGGCGAGAAAUUGAACUGAUGUGCGCGUCACGUGACGCUGUGGUUCAUACCUGUCAAUGUAUUUGUCUGCCCGUUAAAUGUCCUUUUCAGUCUACACACACACACAUCCCAGCUGUUCCCGGACCGAGAAAAUAGUAGGAGAAAAAUGUAUGUCAGCCUUCCAGCUCCCUAGUCUUCAAGGUAUAGAUGACCGUGUACUCUCUUCAGCCAGUGCAUGUAACCUCACCACAGUGCAUCACCCAGAACAAUGGUAUCUCGCAGGAAAUGACAAUGCAUGCAUUCGACAAAGUUAACUUUGGAUUACACUGUUAACAUAGGACUACAUUAAGAGAUUUAACACAGGAACAUCAAACUAUAUUGGACAGAUUUAACAUAGGAAAACAGGACUACACUGGACGGAGUUAACACAGGGAUAUAGGACUACACUAGACAGAUUUAUCAUAGGAUUGGAUUAGGCAGAUUUAAAACAGGAACAUAUGGAUACAUGAGACAGAUUUAAAACAGGAGAAUAGGACUACAGAUUUAACAUAGGACACAGGAAUAUAUCAGACAGAUUUAACAUAGGACACAGGAAUAUAUUGGACAGAUUUAACACAGGAACAUAACACUGGACUUUACUUUGGGUGGGGCACUUCUCUAGUUACUUCCACCUCUACAUGUGCAUCUUCCCUGAAUCCUUUCCUUAGAUGGAAACAGGAGAGCCGUUUGUUUAUAAUAUUCAUUAUCUGCCUUGUCUUGCAACCUUCUAUGAUUUAUGAAAUGUAACUAUAUGAAGAUGAUUGUACAUUUAUUCAUCAUACAUUGUACCACCCUGCGGCAAUGGAAAUGUGCGCAGAGGAACUGGUUUGGAUGUUUAUGUUAAAUAUAUAUGUUCUGUCC